AUGGCAGACACCGAACUCCCCGAACGGAAACCGCGCAAGAGCGUCGCCUUUGCAGAAGGCCAAACCAUCGUCGACGAGAACGGCGACGUCACAGAGAGCUCCGAGCAGCUGGGCCGCAAAACCUCUGCGGAAUCACAUGCGAUCGAGGGCAAUGGCGACACGAACGGCGACAAGCAGGUGGAUGAGAUGACGGCCAUGUUCGAAGGCCUGGCCAAGAAGAAGAAGAAGAAGUCCUCGAAGAAGGAAGAGGGCGAGGGUGAGAAGGACGGCGAGGCUGCGGCGGAUGGUGAAGUCGACCUCAGCGCGCUGAAGAAGAAGAAGAAGAAGCCGAAGAAGACUACGGAAGACGACUUCGAGGCCCAGCUCGCUGAGGCGGGCGCCGGAGAAGGCAAGGAGGACGACGAGCCAUCCACCAGCAGCAAGAAGGACGUCGAGGCCGGCCUGCAAGACGGCGACAUCAUCAAAGGCACCGGCGUCUGGGCGCAUGACUCCGACAAACCCGUCAACUAUGAGAGCCUGCUCAACCGCUUCUUCGUCUUGCUCCACGACUCCCACCCCGACCUCGCCUCGAGCGGCGACAAGCGCUACAAGAUCCCGCCUCCGCAGUGCUUGCGCGAAGGCAACAAGAAGACCAUCUUCGCCAACAUCGCCGACAUCUGCAAGCGCAUGAAGCGUACCGACGAGCACGUGACUCAGUUCCUGUUCGCUGAACUGGGUACUUCUGGCUCCGUCGACGGCAGCAGACGUCUCGUCAUCAAGGGCCGUUUCCAGCAGAAGCAGAUCGAGAACGUGCUGCGUCGGUACAUCUUCGAAUACGUCACGUGCAAGACUUGUCGCUCCCCGGAUACCGAGUUGAACAAGGGAGAGAAUCGGCUGUACUUCGUCACGUGCAACUCGUGCGGGUCUCGAAGGUCCGUCACCGCUAUCAAGACUGGUUUCUCGGCCCAGGUCGGGAAGCGCAAGCGUCAGCAGGGCUAA